GAUGGGUGAUCAAGCUACAGUGGUUUUUGUCGCACUUUCUGCAGUGUUUCUGCUCUCUGUCUCCGUUGCGGCAGACUCAGAAGGCGAGGACAGCUCUUGUCCAAAGCAGAUGGCAAACAGCAACGUGAACAACAUCACCGUGCUGGCUCCACCGGGACCGAAGGGAGACACGGGACCGCCGGGCCCGAGGGGCGUCCGCGGGGAGAAGGGAGAGGCGGGCCGUCCUGGGAAGCUCGGACCGCCAGGCUUGGAGGGCGAGAAGGGUGAGAGAGGACCGCCGGGACAGAAGGGGGACCAAGGCGCGGAGGGAUUUGCCGGAGGAGCCGUUUAUAUCAGGUGGGGGAGGACAUCGUGUGACGAGGGUACGGGUACCGUAACGGUGUACUCUGGACACGCUGGCGGAGCGUGGUAUAACAGUAAAGGCGGUGGGAGCAACUACCAGUGCCUCCCUUUGGACCCAGAGUGGGGCCUGUACGAAGAUGGAAAUCAGGGGAAGUCCUAUAUGUACGGCGCGGAGUACGAACUCGACACAAACGUACCGUACGACAAGGCUACCUUCCACGACCGUGACGUACCGUGCUCGGUUUGCUACAGCCUCUCCCGCCGCGCACAGCUGAUAAUCCCCGCCCGCAAGACCUGCCCGGAAGGCUGGACCCGGGAGUACGGAGGCUACCUGAUGGCUGAUUUCUUCAACCACCACCGCACGGAGUUCGUGUGCAUGGACGGGGAGCCCGAGGUACUGCCAGGCGGGGAAGGGAACGACAACGGCGCGCUGUUUUACCCUGUGGAGGCCCGCUGCGGCUCGCUGCCGUGUCCGCCGUACGUGGAGGGCAGGGAACUGACCUGUGUCGUGUGCACAAAAUAGGUCGUUUGCAGUCAUAUUUUAAGUGACGUAGUGCGUCAUCUGCCACGUUGUAGAAUGAAAGAAGUAGAAGUCAUAUG